AUGGCAGGGACGAAGAGAUCGCACGACGGAAUGAAGAUCGACCGCCCUUCUGCCUCGUCGGAGCAGACUUCCCCUUUCAUCCCCGUUUUCGAGUUCUUUCGCUCGGAGCUCGACGAGCAUCAUGAUCGAAGGGAGCGAAUUAUCAAAGUGUCACGCGAUGUCACUGCUCAGAGUAAGAAGAUAAUCUUCGCUCUUCAAAGGGCGCGGGAACUGGGGCGGCCAAUCCACGCAUCAAUAUCCAAGCAGAUCACCCCGAUGCACUCCACGAUUAGGGACCUGUUGCAAAGUAUCGUGCCCGACUUGCAGGGUAUCAAUGCCUGCCGCUACUAUGGUAACAUAACCGGCGGCAUCCAGGAGUUUAUGGAAGCUGUGCUAUUCCAGCACUAUCUGGCGACGCAACGGGUCAUGAGCUUCGACGAAGCGGCUGCCCAGCUCCCUGAAGGCCUUGUCCUGACGUACGAGGACUAUGUCCUGGGCUUGUUCGACAUGACCGGAGAACUCAUGAGGUUUGCCAUCACAUACAUGGCCACUAACGGACAAUUACCUGGCUCUGAGACAGGAUCAAGCUCUACCAUUCUUACGGAUAUGCAAUUGCUUCGAAGUGAGCUGGAGCGUCUGGAUGCUAGCGGCAGCUACAGCCUGUCGAGGGAUUUCUCGCAGAAGCUCAGGACGACGAGAACUUCGAUAGAGAAGGUAGAGAACGGGGUCUACAGCAUGAUUGUGAGAGGCAAAGAGAGACCCAAAGGGUGGAGGCCGGAUGUGUCUUUGACGGAUGCGCCCAGGGAAGCGGAUCAAGUGGACAGUUAUUGA